UAUUACACAGUACUGGCAUCAGAUUUUUGUUAAGAAGGAAUGGUAACACCAUGUAGCAACUCCACGCACGUUCGGUUUUCCAGUAUGCUGUUCAAAAGCAAAGGGUUCUUCCUCCUAAUGCAUAUCCUUUCCAUCUGUUAUAUUGUCGUGAUGAUAUCCAGGGCUGUUUGGUCUAAAGCAGCAAAAGAUUUAGAACACAAGGAUAUGGAUGCAGCUUUAUGUCAGAAUUCCCGACGGAGACUGUUCUCGGUAGACGAGUUUCAGUACCUGAAUGUUCCUCACAUUGAAUUAAUCAUGGUUUACGACGACUUUGAGUGUAUCUUCAAAUGCCUCUACCACCCCUCAUGCAUUUCUGUUAACUUGGCAGCCAAAGGAAAACUGUGGUGUGAGUUAUUAUCGUCUGAUAAGUACAGCAAGCCCAUGGAGUACAAACAAAACAAAAGUUCACAUCAUUAUUUCAUUAGGUCGUCUUAUUAUUUCAAGACAUUUCAAAGCGGUGGAGUUUGCGUUCAGUCGAUGCACUCCGUACAUGCUUUUAAAUUUUUCUGUGAAGAUCUGGAGGGAAAAUUUAGUGAAAAAGGACAAUGCCGCUCUUUGGUAUUCAAGCCCGCUAAAGCAUUUGAUGGUCAACGCUUAAAAAACCACGUGAUUCGAGUUGAAGACGUCAGUGAGAGAGACUUUUGUGGGAUACUUUGUUACAUGGAGCCAUACUGUGUCAGUUAUAAUCUUGGAAAACAACCACGUGCAGAUGAUGGAAAGUAUACAUGUGAACUGAAUAACGCUACUCACGAGGGAAACAAAGACGACCUGGUUGAGGAUCAAAGUUACAUUUUUGGAGGUGCAGAGAGUGCUUGUAUCACAAAUCCUUGCAAGAACAACGCCAAAUGUCAAAGCGGUUUUACUGAUAAAGGUUACCGGUGUAUGUGUCCAGUUGGAUACAAAGGUUUGACUUGCGACGAAGAUAUUGACGAAUGUGCCACACGAGAGCACAGCUGCAGUGCUGAUGGCGUGUGUAGCAACGUGAAGGGAUCGUACAAAUGUGGAUGUAAACCUGGUUAUUCUGGAGACGGACGGACUU